AUGGCCCCCAAAAAGUCUACGUCUAGAAGUAAAAAGCGACAGGUUCAUUCAGAAGAGACGUUGACCCUAGCAAUCAACGCCGUUAGAGGAGGGCUUUCAGUGAGAAAGGCAGCGGGAAAAUAUGGCAUAGCAAAAUCAACUUUAGGAGAUAAAGUGACAAAUAAAUCGCAAAUAGAUGCAAAGAUAGGGAGAAAGCCUGCCCUUCCCGAUGAAGUUGAAAAACAGAUUGUUGACAACGUGAAAAGAAACGCAGAACGUGGGUUCGGUAUGUCUAGACAGCAGUUGCUGACCCGAACGGGAUUGCUUUGUAAAAAAAUGAGCGCGUCCGUUUUUAAGAAUGGCGCACCAACCAAACAUUGGUGGCAGGGACUUAAGACAAGGUUUCCUGAACUAACAUUGCGUAAACCUGAACAAUUAGGAACUGUCAGAGCUAGAAUGCUCAACAGCACUGUUGUGGAUAACUACUUCGUUGAACUAGCCGGUAUUGUCGAAGCUCUGAACCUACAGAACGCACCAGAGCGUAUCUGGAACGCGGACGAGACCGGCAAACAGUUUAUGCACACACCGGUACGUGUUAUCGCUCAAAAAGGGUCAAAGAAUGUUGUAGGGAGAACGGGUAACGAUAGAACUAACAUAACAAUAAUGGCAACUGUAAAUGCCAAGGGUGAUACCAUGCCUCCAAUGAUAAUUGUGAAAGGCAAGACUAAGAAAUCCCUGUAUGGGUAUAAUACCGCCGAAGCCCCUUUAAACUCUAUCUGGACCCACAACGAAAAGGCCUGGAUGACGGAGGAACUGGGGGAGGAAUGGUUUAGGAAUGUGUUCCUGGAGAACUGUGGUCCUGAAAGACCACAACUCCUUAUUCUCGACGGUCACGGGUCCCAUGAAACACUGGGAUUGUUGGAACUCGCAGAGUCCGAGCAUAUACACAUUCUCGCUCUUCCGCCCCACACGACCCAUUUUUUACAACCCCUGGAUCGUUCAGUGUUUGGCCCCUUCAACAAGGCCUACAACCGGGUCUGUUCGGACUUCUUAUCGGCAUCUCCAUGCAACAUUGUAAGUAAGUGGACUUUCCCGGCGCUUUUCAGACAAGCAUGGGAAACAGGCCUUACCCCGGCCAAUAUUAUCAGCGGGUUUAGAGGCUGCGGCAUUUUCCCGGUAAACAAGGAGGCAGUUCCACGCAGUGCUUAUGCACCAAGCCUUGCGUAUGAUCGCCCUCCAUGCACUGAAACGUCGAUAGUCACAAGCGCUACUGAGACUAUCUCAGCUACCUCGUCAACGACUACGACGUGCACUGCAACGAGCACCGGAACCCCUUUGGCACUUUGUACCACUCCUGCUUUGACAGAUACCCCAGGUGCGACUCCAUCAUUUAUUCCACUUUGUACAACUUCUGCUUUGACAGAUACCUCGUUUGCAACUUCCUCAUUCAUUCCACCGUGUUCCUUUCCAGCUGUAUCACUCCUGCUUUGA